GGCCCAGCCUUGCCCCCGCCCCCGCCCCCGCCGGUCCCGCGGUCCCACGGCGCCUGGUUGCCCCCAGCCCCCUCCCUCCUCCCACCCUCACUGUGUCCCACCCUCCUUAGCUUUGUGCCCGGGGUGCUGAGCCCUUCCCCGUCAGCCGCGCCGCGGGAGGAGGGAGCCGCCACCGAGGAACUGCCGCUCGCUGCCCCGGGCAGGGGCACAGGCUUUAUCCAGUGAAUACUAGAGGGAUCGAACAGCCGUAGAUUCAGCUCACAAUUUUACCCUGUGGGCUCCCUGACAACCCCAGUCCACCUGACUGGCACAGUCAGGCCUUUUGCUUGGGAAACUGGAUUCAAGGUUUAAAAAACUGUCAUGUUCGCAACCAAGGCGAUGUCUUACUACCUCAGCUCAGAAAACCACCUGGACCCAGGGCCCAUCUACAUGCGAGAAAGUGGGCAGCUGCACAUGGUCAAUCUGGCUCUGGAUGGUGUCAGGAGUAGCCUGCAGAAGCCAAGGCCUUUCAGACUGUUCCCCAAAGGCUUUUCCGUGGAGCUUUGCAUGAACAGGGAAGACGACACUGCACAGAAAGAGAAGACUGAUCAUUUCAUCUUCACAUACACCCGGGAGGGGAAUCUUCGGUACUCCGCCAAAUCCCUCUUCAGCCUUGUCCUGGGUUUCAUCUCCGACAAUGUGGAUCACAUUGAUUCCCUUAUAGGCUUUCCUGAGCAGAUUGCCGAAAAGCUGUUCUCUGCUGCUGAAGCCAGACAGAAAUUCACUGAGCCAGGUGCAGGGCUGAGGGCUUUACAGAAAUUCACUGAGGCCUAUGGAAGUUUGGUGCUUUGCUCCCUGUGUUUGCGAAACAGGUAUCUGGUGAUUUCAGAAAAACUUGAGGAGAUUAAGUCUUUCCGGGAGCUGACCUGCCUGGAUCUUUCGUGUUGCAAGCUUGGAGAUGAGCAUGAACUUCUAGAACAUCUCACCAAUGAAGCCCUGUCUAGUGUAACUCAGCUCCACCUGAAGGAUAAUUGUUUAUCUGAUGCUGGGGUGCGGAAGAUGACAGCACCAGUUCGAGUGAUGAAAAGAGGCCUUGAGAAUCUAACAUUAUUAGACUUAUCAUGUAACCCUGAGAUCACAGAUGCAGGCAUUGGAUACCUCUUUUCUUUUAGGAAACUAAACUGCUUAGAUAUCUCUGGGACAGGGCUCAAGGACAUCAAAACCGUCAAGCACAAGCUCCAGACCCACAUAGGCCUUGUUCACUCCAAAGUGCCUUUGAAAGAAUUUGAUCAUAGUAACUGCAAGACAGAGGGCUGGGCCGACCAGAUCGUUCUGCAGUGGGAGCGUGUGACUGCGGAAGCUGUGAAGCCACGGGAAACCUCAGAGCCUAGAGCGGCAGCUCAGCGCUUCUAUGGGAAGCGGUCUCGAGCAGAAGCCCCACUGAAGUGUCCCCUGGCAGACACCCACAUGAACUCUUCCGAGAAACUCCAGUUCUAUAAAGAGAAAGCCCCAGAUUGCCAUGGGCCAGUGUUGAAACACGAAGCUAUCUCAAGCCAGGAGUCAAAGAAGAGCAAGAAGAGACCUUUUGAGGAGUCAGAGACAGAACAGAAUAACUCUUCACAACCUUCAAAGCAGAAGUAUGUAUGUCUUGCUGUGGAAGACUGGGACUUGUUAAAUUCCUAUUGAUUAGUAGAUACAAGUUGACCUUUCUCUGGCCCCCAGCUCUAGUGUUUGAGUAAAGGAGACUGAGGAUGAUUUACUUUUUGUUUGAAUUUACCUGUGGCAUUAGCAUAGUAAGCAGAUAUUUCUACUUUUGUGGUGGGGGAGGGGAAUGCUAUGGAAGUAUGUAAUAAUUUCUAAUGUAUAUUUUCAAUACAUAGUAAUUUUUUCAAAUAAACAUUUUUGCUGUCCUUAA